GUUGUCUGUAUCGACAAUUCGAAGUCGAUGAUGGAUAAUCCAGAACAAUUUGAGGCUCAAUGCCAUGUUAUUCAAACUUAUUGCCAAGCUAAACUUGCCGCACAUCCAAAGACUGUUGUGGCUUUAUGCACAAUGAGUACAGAAAGGUCUAGAGAGUACCUUACUCCUCCUACUAGAUCUCUUGAAAAAAUCAUUGUUUAUCUCGAACGUCUACGUCCUGACUGUGGUAUGUUGGACUUACUAAGUGCGGCACAAAGUGGCCGGAUCCCUAUUGCUAAUUGGAUCCGUGGCCGAAAGAAGAAGUUGAGGAUGCUUUUUCUAGUUGGAGGUCUUACAAAUGUGUCUUAUGCAUGGGUGAAGUUUCUUGGAGAGCAAUAUAUACGCAUGGGUAUUGCUGUUGACAUUGUCAGCUUCUAUAAAGGUAAAGUCCCCAAAUUAAAACUGGGGUUUUCUGAAUACCGAUUUGGGAAUGGUGAGCUUGCUGCUUUUGCCAAGGUCUGCAAUGGUAAUCAGGAUGGCCACUUUGUAAAAGUUAAACCUGGAUUAUGUGCUAAGGUCCGCAAUGUUAUUGAGGAUGGCCACAUUGUAAAAGUUAAACAUGGAUUAUGUGUUCGUGACAUCAAUGAUAUCCUAUUCAAGUCCAUAUUAAAAGGUACUCCUCAAGAUGAUGAUGAUGCUGCUGCUGCGGACAAUGAAGCACAGGGAAGUAAAUAUGGUAAGCAUGUCUCUCUUUCUAAGGUGGAUUUUUACAAGCAGAAUCCACGUCAUGUAGAUACUGAAGAUUUGAGAAUUUUUUUUGAGGGCUGAUGCAUCCAUGCUGCUAAAUUAUCCAUGCAUGUGUACGUACACUGCCAAAUCAUAUUUUAUGUUGGUUUUAUGUUUGUCUGCUCAACAGAUGAUAAUGAUAUGUAUCAAUCACUCUAG